ACGGGAAAUCUCUUCAGUCUUGGCGCGCUGGCUUCGCGUAAGGGGCCGAUUGUUAUGGCGACUUUCACUGCGACAACUCAAACACACUCUGCGUUCUUACUCCGAAUUUAAGUGGAAACAGGACGAAAUCUUCAAGUUUUAGUGCAUACAAGCAGGCAGGAGUGUCUCUAGAGUGAUUUGGUCGAGGAUUCAAGGUAACUUAUAUAAAAUAGCACCAUGCGUGCACUUUGAAAACGUUGUGUAAAAAAUGGCAAAUUUGCGUAACUUUAGGUUGAAAUCUUUACGUAAAAUGAAUGAUAACUGUAGGAUAGUGAAGUCCACAGUUUUACGUAUUAGGAAACAAGAAAUGUACGUUUAGUUAGUGCCUACAUGGCAACUCAGCUCAGUUCCCGCGUCGCCUAACUCGCCUUAGGCACGCAGUCAGCUGGGCACUUCCCCUCUGUAAAGGAUUAUCGCUGUCCUGCCUCUGUUUACUCUCCAAGUAAAGGACCUACAGUUAUUCAUCGUCUCUGUACCCUUCCCCACAACUGCAAGGAUCCAGAGGACGAUACAAGAAGACACAGAAGGCAGUGGAUCGAGUGGAAGUGACGGAGGAGACACAAGAUAUGAGGGUAUUAGUGUAGGAGUACACCAGUCUAGAGAUGGCUUUUCUUACCCUGACCAUUAGAAAGAGCUCCGCAUUCUGAGUAAAUUCAUCCCCAUAAACACCCCUCGGAAAUCAUUUAUAACGGAGGGAGGGAGGCCGUUAGGUUAGGUUAGUUUUAGGUUAGGUUAGUGUUAGGUUAGGUUAGUUUUAGGUUAGGUUAGUGUUAGGUUAGGUUAGUUUUAGGUUAGGUUAGGUUAGGUUAGGUUAGGUUAGGUUAGUUUUAGGUUAGGUUAGGUUAGGUUAUGUUAGGUUAGGUUAGGUUAGGUUAGGUUAGUUUUAGGUUAGGUUAGGUUAGGUUAGGUUAGUGUUAGGUUAGUGUUAGGUUAGGUUAGUUUUAGGUUAGGUUAGGUUAGGUUAUGUUAUGUUAGGGUUAUGUUUAGUUUAAAUGCACCUGUGUGGACGAAACUAGUUUUUUCUGGUAGAUUUCGGUCUGUUUUGAAUGAAUGUGCUCUAAAUUUUUUAUCGCAAAUCAUUAGUCUCUUGGUUGGAAGGGGGGGGGGUAAAAAAAAAAACACGUGAUUUGCGAUAGAAAUGACACGCAUAUUCAUUCAAAACAGGCCGAAAACUACCGAAAAAAACUAGUUUCGUUCGGAAAUGCGAGACUGGUGAAGUGCUACAAAUUUACCGAUAUGAGGACGCCGCGACCCCGUGGAGUAAACUGUGGAGGAGCCGUACUACGCCAUCAGUGCAGUGACUCAGUGUUGUGUGCAGUGCAGUGGUGUGUUCAGUGGUGUGUUCACUACGUCCUACGGGGUCGAGUAUGUGUGCAUGGGGAAGGCCAACUCUGACCCGACUGAGCACUCUUUCGGCAAGCGCCGCACCAUGUGCGGCGCCAACUACUGGACGAGCGUGCAGAACUUCAUGGUGAGCAACAGGUUGGCCCAGCGCCUGCAUUUGCUGAAGCUCGUCGGGUUCUUCCCCGGGGACGUGCAGGCCGACCUGGACCGGGCCAAGGCAGAGGAGAAGGAGGACGACGAGGUGAUCUUGGCCCAGCUUGCCAGGGAGCUGGCCGACGACCAGCCGGACCCGCCGACGGACGAGUUGCUCCUCGCCGCGGUCGGCAACUACGCCGGCUACCUGGCCAGGAAGUUCCAGGCCAACUCCUCUGUGGCCGAGUGCUGCAAGCAGGAGCUUGCCCAGCAGGAGGAGAUGAAGAUUACCGUGGAGCUCGAGAGGGUCGACACGACAUCUGUGAUGUUCGAAGAACUGUUCUACAGGGUUCUCAAGGGAGCCGAGCACAUUGAACUGAUUUGA